AGUAGCUAGCGAGUCGCUAACGAGAGUUUAGGUAGGGUUAAGUUAACCUGUUCUGUGUAUGCAAUACAGAACUGGGGUUUGAUUUUAAAAGGUCCCUCACAAUGUGUCCAGCAUUGAGGCCAGACACAGAGAUUCUGAGGACGUCAGAGGAUGCGUAUGAAAGAUUCAUCCUACAACACCUUCAACACUACGGACUCUUCACAGGCAGAGAAAACGCACGCCAGAGGGGUCUCUCCAGAGGCAGCAGAUGGAGGAGCCACCGGUACCACCACUCAUCCCCCCUCACCGACAGACAGUUCCCAGACAGCCAGGACUCCAACCCGGAGGAGGAGGAAGAGGACCAAGACUUGGGGAGGCCAAUCUCCUUGCUCAUGGGCCAGGUUCAGAAGACCCGACAACUGAUCAUAGACCUUGAUGGAGAGCGCCCCGUUCACAGACUGAGGGAGCCGCUGGAUCUGUUUGCCAUCCCCUCGCCUUCCAGACCCUUCCAGGGCGUCCGCUGGCCCAUUGAGUGUGAGGUCAUUAAGGAACCCUCCAUUCAUCACAUAGAAUGGAGCCCCCCAGAUCCAGAGCCCUUCUACCAGCCCACAGGCCACGAGAGAGCUCCCAUCCCUGUUGGAAAUGAGGUGGGAAACGUGGUCUACUGCAUCAACCCAGCUAUGAAAAGCUUCUACUUCACCUGCUCUCGGGUAGGAGGAAGCAGAGGGCCCCUUAAGAAUGCUUCAGCCUGUAGCUCUCAGCAAAAGGAGCCGAUCCUGGCCUUCGAGUCACGCUUUGAGAGCGGUAACCUGCAGAAGGCUGUGCAAGUUGGUAUCCAUGACUAUGAGCUGACCCUGCGCACAGACAUGUACACCACCAAGCACACCCAGUGGUUCUACUUCCGGGUGAUGAACAUGAAGGCGAGCGUCACAUAUCGAUUCACUAUUACCAACCUGAUGAAGUCCCGCAGCCUGUAUAGCCUGGGCAUGAGGCCACUACUCUACUCUGAGAGGGCUGCCACGGAGACGGGCAUCAGCUGGAGGCGGGCCGGCUCCAACAUACGCUACUACCGUAACCAACAGCACGCUGAGCAGGACAACAGUGGCAGCACCAAGGCCCUCUACUGCCUGACUUGGACCUUUCAGUUCCCCUUUGACUCAGACACCUGCUACCUGGCGCACUGCUACCCCUACACCUACACCCAGCUGCAGCGCUACCUCAGCCGGCUGACCUCCGACCCCGACACGGCGGCCUGCUGCAAGCUGCGCGUGCUCUGUCGCAGCCUGGCGGGCAACCCCGUGCACGUCCUCACGGUGACGGCGCCCGGCGGGAGCUGGGAGGAGCGGCGGGCGAGACAGGCGGUGGUGCUGACGGCCAGGGUGCAUCCUGGGGAGACCAACGCGUCCUGGAUGAUGCAGGGAUUCCUGGACUUCCUGCUCGGGCCUUCGGACGACGCGCGGCUACUCAGGGACACGUUUGUGUUCAAGGUGGUACCGAUGCUUAACCCGGAUGGGGUGGUGGUCGGGAACUACCGCUGCUCUCUGGCAGGUCGCGACCUCAACAGGAACUACCGGACCCUGCUCCGAGACUCCUUUCCUUGUGUCUGGCACACCAGGAACAUGGUCAAGAGGCUGAUGUCAGAGAGGGAUGUGGUGCUGUACUGUGACUUCCACGGCCACAGCCGUAAGAACAACGUGUUUAUGUACGGCUGCGACAACCGCCACGACGCCUCCCGACGCCUCCAAGAGAGAGUGUUCCCACUAAUGAUGAGCAAGAACGCCAACGACAAGUUUUCGUUCAGGAGCUGUAAGUUCCGGGUGCAGAAGAGUAAGGAGGGGACGGGUCGCAUCGUCAUGUGGAAACUAGGCAUCAAGAACAGCUACACCAUGGAGUCCACCUUCGGAGGCUCCACUCUGGGAAAUAGAAAGGGGACACAUUUCACCACGGGUGACCUGAAGUCUUUGGGAUACUGCUUCUGUGACACCCUGCUAGAUUUCUGUGAUCCAGACUCCACCAAGAAGAGUCAUUGCCUGGCCGAGUUGGAAAUGUUACUGAGGCAGGAGGUCAAGCAGAGACUUGGACGAGAACUCGACUCAGAAGGGUCUCUCUGUGGCGUCUCAGUCUCUGACAUGGAGUCCAGUACCAGUGGAUCCAACAGCACGGAGUCAGAUGGCCUACCUGUUCAUCUGCUGAACCUGCCAAGGGAGUCAAGCUCCGUCAAGACAAAACACCUUCGCAGUCGUAAGGAGAGAAACCGUCUGAGGCUAGAGAGACACAGGACUGCAGAACCCAAGAACCGCAACAUCAAACAGAAGCUGGCCCUACCACAGGAGCCGGAAGAGGCUGACGUUGAGAUCCAGAAGAAGACUGUGGCUUCAAGGAAAUCAAAGCUUAGGAGAGAUAGGGUGCCCUUUGUAGUGAAGAUCAGCAGCCAAUCAGUACGCAGCUGGAUUCCCAACCCAGCCAAUUGUGUUGGAGUCCUUGGUCAGGUUACCCUGUGGCAGGAAGACAGUUCUGACAAGAGAAACGACUUGAAAGCAGUGACUGCUGCGUAUCCGAACAGGGAGCAGCCCAGGCAGACCAGCCCAAAGACAGACAAAACAGAAGAGCUGGAAGGGGAGAAGCCUCAAUGCCACAACAACCAACAAAGGUUUCGCUCCUUCCAUUCCCCCCAUCGGUAUCCCUUGACUGUGACGCCCAUCCUGCAUUACAACCCAGCUGGGCCUAUCCAGCCACAGACAAUGCCCUUCAACCCACACUCAGCGCAAAGAGGCAGGCUAACAGCUCACCCCUCUGCAGCCCAAAGGUUUGCUUCGGUGGUCCCUGGCCUGCAGUGCAGGGUGGUUCCAGAGUUUGUCCCCUCCAGAUCCCUGGAGUUCUGCCCCCCCUCCAACUUCUACCGUGCCAAGUCCCACUACCAGCAGGCUUCCUCCUGUGAGACGCAGGGCCAAGCAUCCCGGGUCUCCGUACGCUACUACUUACCUGAGGGCUCGUCCUAUACAGACAGCCCUGCAACCCGACACAGGAGCAUCAAGAAGGCGAUGGCAGCAGGUUCUCCUGUGGGUGCGGCGGAGGGUGGUGCUCGGGAGGAGCUGGAGCAGCGAGCGGGAGCCCCUGGACCAGAUAACCUGUUCAGAAACUCUCCCGCAGAUAUGAACGGCUUCCUUCGUGAACUGAGGACUCUGGACUUCAGAGGGAGAAGCCAGCCAUGGGGGGACCAGGCUGGGCUGGGGUUACAAAGGACUGGACCCUCCAAGAGAGACCAGCUGAGGGGAGGGGGGGAGCUCAGAGAGCCUAGAGGAGACACAGACCCAGACACAACCAGGAGCCUGAAUAACAUCCACAGGUCUGAGGGACAUGCCAUGCCUAGGAUGGAGCAGGUGCCAGAGGGGGACGGAACCACAAGACCAUCAGGGUCGGCUCCUCCCUCCAGUUCUGGACCUCUGGGCUAAUUCCCAGGAACACUUCUCUUAAUGCAU